AUGCAGUGUCCCAGCAGAUGCCUCGAGAAACACCAGCGGAAACCCACAGGGAAGAAAUCUCAUUGCUGCUCUGACUGUGGGAAGAUAUUCAACUCUUCAGCAGACCUUAAAAGACAUAUGAGAACACACACAGGAGAGAAACCUUAUAGCUGUGAUCAAUGUGGGAAGAAUUUUACUUCAUCUAGCCAGCUGACUAUCCACCAGAGAACACACACAGGAGAGAAACCUUAUCACUGCUCUGACUGUGGGAAGAGUUUUGUUUCAUCCAAAUAUUUAGAAUCACACCAGAGAACACACACAGGAGAGAAGCCUUAUAGCUGUGAUCAAUGUGGGAAGAGUUUUAGUCAAUCAAGCAACCUGAUGGUACAUUUGAGAACGCACACUGGAGAGAAACCUUAUAGCUGUGAUCAAUGUGGGAAGAGUUUUGGUCAAUCAAGCAACCUGAUGGUACAUUUGAGAACACACACUAGAGAGAAACCUUAUAGCUGUGAUCAAUGUGGCAAGAGAUACGCUGGUAAAAGAACUCUGAUUAAACAUCAGAAAGUACAUACAUGAAGGAGUUGUUUCAUGAUAUCAAUUAAAUAAUGUCACAAUGUUUUAA